CAGAGGGUGGCAGCAGCCGGCGCCUCGCCGCUCCUCCCUCCCUCCCUCCCUCUCUCUCGCUCACUCUCUAUCCCACACCCCACAAUGGGCAUCUUCUGGAUAUUCUGGCUCUUCCCCGCCGCCUCAGCCCUGGAAGAAACCUUGAUGGAUUCUACGACAGCAACAGCGGAGCUGGGGUGGACAGCCUAUCCUUCCAGUGGAUGGGAAGAAGUCAGCGGGUAUGAUGAGACUAUGAACACAAUAAGAACAUACCAAGUCUGCAAUGUGUUUGAAGCUAGUCAGAAUAACUGGCUGCGCACCAAAUACAUCAAACGCAAGGGGGCCCAGCGCAUCCAUGUGGAGAUGAAGUUUUCCGUGCGAGACUGUAGCAGCAUUCCUAAUGUUCCUGGCUCUUGUAAGGAGACCUUUAAUCUCUACUAUUAUGAAUCUGAUUCAGAUUCAGCCACAAAGACAACUCCGCACUGGAUGGAGAAUCCCUGGAUGAAAGUUGAUACGAUUGCCGCGGAUGAAAGCUUUUCCCAGGUGGACCUGGGAGGAAGGGUGAUGAAAAUCAACACGGAAAUCCGAAGUUUUGGCCCGGUGUCAAAGAAGGGCUUUUACCUGGCCUUUCAGGAUUACGGGGCAUGCAUGUCCCUGAUAGCGGUCAAGGUCUUCUACCGGAAAUGCCCGCGUGUCAUCCAGAAUGGGGCCAUUUUCCAGCAAACGCUCUCUGGGGCAGAGAGUACGUCCCUGGUCGUGGCUCGGGGGACCUGCGUCCCCAACGCGGAGGAGGUGGACGUGCCCAUCAAACUGUACUGCAACGGAGACGGGGAGUGGAUGGUUCCCAUAGGACGCUGCAUGUGCAAAGCUGGUUACGAGUCAAUGGAGAAUGGCACCGUCUGUCAAGCCUGUCCAUCAGGAUCAUUCAAGCCACUCCAAGGAGAUGACGUCUGCUUGAACUGUCCAGUCAACAGCCGGACGAGCAGCAAAGGGUCCACAAACUGUGUCUGCCGGAAUGGAUACUAUCGUUCCGACUCUGAUCCACAUGACAUGCCCUGCACCACCACACCCUCAGCACCUCAGACUGUUAUUUCCAGUGUAAACGAAACGUCCCUGAACUUGGAAUGGACGUCUCCUCGGGAGGCAGGAGGCAGGGAAGAUGUGGUUUACAAUGUGAUCUGUAAGAGUUGCAGUCGCGGGCGUGCCACCUGCAUGCGAUGUGGGGAUAAUGUGCAGUUUGUCCCGCGUCAGCUUGGCCUGGCUGAGCCUCGUGUUUACAUCAGCGACCUGCUGGCGCACACACAGUAUACCUUUGAGAUCCAGGCUGUGAAUGGAGUGUCCGAUCAAAGUCCUUACUCCCCCAGCUUUGCGUCUGUCAAUAUCACCACCAAUCAGGCUGCGCCAUCUCCGAUUUCAUUCAUGCACCAAGUGAGCCGCACGGUGGAUGGUGUGACGCUGUCCUGGGCCCAACCUGACCAGCCCAAUGGAAUCAUCCUGGACUAUGAGCUCCAGUACUACGAGAAGGAUGAGUCGGAUUACAACUCCACAACGGUGAAGAGCCAGACCAACACUGCCACCAUCAACGACCUUCUUGCUGGCACCAUCUACGUCUUCCAAGUACGAGCAAGGACGGUGGCCGGCUUUGGGCAGUACAGUGGGAAGAUGUAUUUUCAGACAAUGACAGAAGCUGAAUACCAGACCAGUCUACAGGAGAAACUUCCUCUCAUCAUUGGAUCCGCAGCUGCUGGCCUUGUCCUCCUCAUUGCUGUUAUAGUCAUUCUCGUUGUUUGCAACAGGAGACAAGGAUUUGAACGGGCAGACCUGGAAUAUACGGACAAACUGCAGCAUUAUACAAGUGGCCAUGUGACACCAGGCAUGAAGAUUUAUAUUGACCCUUUCACUUAUGAAGAUCCCAAUGAGGCUGUGAAGGAAUUUGCCAAAGAGAUUGACAUGUCCUGUGUGAAGAUUGAACAGGUCAUUGGUGCAGUCGAGGACCCCAACAACUCUGAUGGAGGGGAAACCUUGGGUGAAUUUGGAGAGGUCUGCAGUGGGCAUCUCAAGCUACCUGGAAAGAGGGAGAUAUUUGUGGCUAUCAAGACCUUAAAAUCUGGUUAUACAGAGAAGCAGAGACGGGAUUUCCUGAGCGAAGCAAGCAUCAUGGGACAGUUUGAUCAUCCGAAUGUCAUACAUCUAGAAGGAGUAGUCACCAAAAGCAACCCCGUGAUGAUCAUCACAGAGUUCAUGGAGAACGGGUCACUGGACUCCUUCCUCAGGCAAAAUGACGGGCAGUUCACAGUUAUACAGCUGGUUGGAAUGCUGCGAGGAAUUGCUGCAGGGAUGAAGUAUCUAGCCGACAUGAGCUACGUGCACAGAGACCUGGCAGCCCGCAAUAUUCUCGUCAACAGCAAUCUCGUAUGUAAGGUUUCGGACUUUGGACUGUCCAGGUUCCUAGAAGAUGAUACAUCAGACCCAACAUAUACAAGUGCUUUGGGUGGAAAGAUUCCAAUCCGCUGGACAGCACCAGAGGCCAUUCAAUACCGGAAGUUUACAUCAGCCAGUGACGUCUGGAGUUAUGGUAUAGUCAUGUGGGAAGUUAUGUCCUAUGGAGAGAGACCUUACUGGGACAUGACCAACCAAGAUGUGAUCAAUGCUAUUGAACAAGAUUAUCGACUCCCUCCACCUAUGGACUGCCCAACAGCUCUCCAUCAAUUAAUGCUCGACUGUUGGCAGAAGGAUCGGAACAAUAGGCCAAAGUUUGGGCAGAUUGUCAAUACUUUGGAUAAAAUGAUCAGGAAUCCAAACACUUUAAAGGCUCUGACGCCACUAUCAUCAGGGGUAACUUUACCUUUACUCGAUCGUACAGUUCCUGACUUCUCCAGCUUCUCCACAGUAAAUGACUGGUUGGAGGCCAUUAAGAUGGGCCAAUAUAAAGAUAACUUUUUGAACGAAGGUUUCACAUCAUUCGACUUUGUCUCACAAAUGACUGCGGAGGAUAUGCUUCGAGUUGGCGUCACUUUGGCAGGACAUCAGAAGAAAAUUUUGAACAGUAUUCAGAUGAUGCAAAGACAAAUGAAUCAAAUUCAGUCAUUGGAAGUGUAACUGUCCUCCCUCCAAGCAGAGGACAGAUAGGAAGCCUGAAGCCAGGGAACAUUGUGAGACUGACACAUUGCAACCUGGACCUUCACAGUCCAAAAUCCUUCAACGAAGGCUGGAAAAGCUAUGUGAAACAAGCUUAACAUUUGCAUUUAAUCCAGGAAAACCCUUUAAAAGGGUUGAAUCAACUGUAAUAUAAAACUAACAGACUAUCCAAGGAACCAUGCAAUUAACCCAGAAUAUUUAAUUACCACAAACACUGUGUGAUCAUUCAAAUGUGGCUAAGGUGCCAAUUACCCGUACAUUAUUUUUCCCGAAACAAACUUAAGGGAGCAAAACAAUGUUUAUAAUGAACUGUACAAUUUGGAAGUAUACAGUUCAGAAUAUUUCACAGCCGUUUUGUGCGCAAGAAUUAAAAAAAAAUCAGGAAUUAGAGGAA